AUGACCACAAAUCCCACAAGCAGCGGCGAGCGCUUCUCCGCCGCAGCCCAUGAAAAUGACGGUAAACACCACAUUCUCCUGUCUGCAAGCGGCUCUGUAGCAGCAAUAAAGAUUCCCCUAAUAGCCCAGUCCCUCGGUUCCCGCCCGGACGUAUCCAUCCGCAUCGUUCUGACAGAAGCCGCCGAGCAGUUUCUGCAAGGCCAGUCGGCCGAACAACCCCCGCUACGCUCCCUCCUGGACUAUCCCGGCGUGGACGGCGUGUACCAUGAAGAGGAUGAGUGGUCGAAACCCUGGGUGCGGGGCGAUAAGAUCUUACACAUUGAACUGAGGCGGUGGGCACACGUCCUGAUUGUGGCACCGCUCUCGGCCAACACCAUGGCGAAGAUUGUCAACGGGAUCAGUGACGGUCUGCUCCUGAAUGUCAUUCGGGCGUGGGACACCACGGGCGUGAUCGAUAUGCGCAAGAAGAGGAUCUUUGUGGCGCCGGCCAUGAAUACCGCCAUGUGGCACCACCCGAUUACCAAGAAGCAUAUCCAGGUGCUCCAGGAGGAUUGGGGCGCUGACAGGGACGGCUGGUUCACGAUCCUACGGCCUACAGAGAAGGAAUCGUGA